CCCAAAGUGCUGGGAUUACAGGCGUGCGCCACCACGACCGGCCCCCUGUCUUCUUUAAGAAAGCUCAGUGGACCUUUUUCCUUCUUGGGGUAGAAGAAAAUCCAAGCCUAGCACAACCCUGGCAUGUAGAGGGCAGGGGCCCAGAAUCACUGGAAGGAGCGGUGGAUGGGAUAGGCGAGGCUGUCUGCGGACCACAGGCCUGGCCCGAGUGGCUCUGAUGAGAAACUGGGGCGCCUGGGGCACCGCCCCCACCAUCUGCCCUUCCCCCACACUCCUCCUGGCUGGGCAAAUCCCAGAGUCUCAGCCGCCUAAGUGUCUUCCCGGAGGUGAGAUUAUCCCCGCCUGUGCCAGACACCGCCUUUCCUCCUGCAGCCAUGGAUGCCGCUCUGCUCCUGAACGUGGAAGGGGUCAAGAAAACCAUUCUGCACGGAGGCACGGGCGAGCUCCCAAACUUCAUCACUGGAUCCCGAGUGAUCUUUCAUUUCCGCACCAUGAAAUGUGAUGAGGAGCGCACGGUCAUCGACGACAGCCGGCAGGUGGACCAGCCCAUGCACAUCAUCAUCGGGAACAUGUUCAAGCUUGAGGUCUGGGAGAUCCUGCUCACCUCCAUGAGGGUGCACGAGGUGGCCGAGUUCUGGUGCGACACCAUCCACACGGGGGUCUACCCCAUCCUGUCCCGGAGCCUGCGGCAGAUGGCCCAAGGCAAGGACCCCACGGAGUGGCAUGUGCACACAUGCGGGCUGGCCAACAUGUUCGCCUACCACACGCUGGGCUACGAGGACCUGGACGAGCUGCAGAAGGAGCCUCAGCCUCUGAUCUUUGUGAUCGAGCUGCUGCAGAGGGAGACCUGGAACCUGAGCAAUCAUGAGAAGAUGAAGGUGGUGCCCGUCCUCCACGGAGAGGGAAAUCGGCUCUUCAAGCUGGGCCGCUACGAGGAGGCCUCUUCCAAGUACCAGGAGGCCAUCAUCUGCCUAAGGAACCUGCAGACCAAGGAGAAGCCGUGGGAGGUGCAGUGGCUGAAGCUGGAGAAGAUGAUCAACACCCUGACCCUCAACUACUGCCAGUGCCUGCUGAAGAAGGAGGAGUAUUACGAGGUGCUGGAGCACACCAGUGACAUUCUCCGGCACCACCCAGGUGCGUGGGGCUGCAGGGGCAGGCAGCGAGGGGGCGCCCGGCCCAGGGCCACGGAGACACCUGCCAUAGCCUUCCUGGACUUUUCUUCCCACCCCACCGGGGCACCGAACCUUGUCUCCACCCAGCCGGGUUUCCCCGAGUGCGUAAUUGAAUUGUGGGUGAUGGAUGGGCAGUGCUUGGCGUGGGGGGCCCUUUAUUUUAACGUGUGUUUGAAUACUUACCCAGGAAGCUCAGCAAGCUUGUGUUUUCAGUGGAACGGUAAACAGGCUUUUGAAAAAGAGGGGCAAUCAGUAUAGAGAAAAAUAUUAUGCCUGUACUAGUACAGGUGUUGCGAGGAUAUGGCACCUCCAGUACUACUAGUAUUGACGUACCGCUCGAAUAGUGCUCACGGUAACACCACCCAGGCCCUGGCGUGUGCAUCGGGCUCAAGUCUUCUGUGUUUAUUAUCUCAUUUAAUCCUAAUAAUCCUCAUAAUCACCAUGUGGGGGAGGUGCAGGGAAAGGGACUGAAGGUUAUCUCAUUUAGGGAGUGUCUGUAAGAAAAAGAAAACAAAGUUAUGAAUAUAAAAUUAGUCACAGGGCCUUGAAAAGGAGAGAAGGAGGUACUGCCAUUAUGAUCAUCAUCUCCAUCUUACAGUUGAGGAAACUGAGGGA